AUGUGUGUAUAUGUCUAUACAUGUAUGUCUGUGUGUAUGUGGGUGUGUGUGUAUGUUUGUAUCUGUGUAUCAUCCUCCAUUGACACACUACCUCCUCAUUACGGCCAACUCUACUCCCGUCGUCACAUCUACGGCCAUCUGGCCUCUCCGCAUUUCCGCUCAAGUUCGUCGUCCGGCUGUAGUUCGUCAGCUACUUGUGAGCUGUACGAUCUGGCAACGGCGCACGCACUUCUUGCCCGGCAACAGCAGCUGAUCCAACAAGCAAAUUUUCCACUAAUUUCAUCGGCGGAGCUCGUUCAACAGCUGGCUCAUCAUCAGCAACUACAACAGUUGCAACAUCACAUACAAGGAAUUGUGCACCAUAAUUUAGUUGGCGACAUGGCACUCGUGUCGCAUCCGGCGACAGCGACCGCAGUUGGUGCGGCGCAAAUGUAUGCCGGUAAUGUUGUAAAACAAGAAAAGAAAUCUCAAGUACCAACUGCACAUCAGGUUCUGCAAAUGCAACAACAACAAUUACCCCAGGUAUUGAUUGAUUUUAUCGAUUUACUAGUCGUUAUUCUGGAUUCUAGAGUGUUUAACCACUUGGUUCGAACAAAGACUGGUAUAAAUUGGCAGCGAAACGGGAAAUUUUCUGAAUAA